AUGCCGAUGCUCGCUGCCGUCACCUGCCUCGCGCGCCGCCGCCGCAUGCACUGCCGCGGCUGCGACACCGCGGCGGCGGCGGCGGCGCUGGAGCUUGAGCUGGGGCAGCAUGCCCCGGGCGACCACCGCCACCGCUGGCGGGACGAGCUGGCGCCCGUCGGCAUGCCCGGCGGCCGCGAGCAGACAAGGAGGCAGGGACGCCGGCGGCUCCCGCGGGACGGAGGGCCGGCACUGGACUCCCGGCGGCGGCAGCGUCAGGCGGUGGCGGCGGGCGCCGAGCAGGUGCCGGCUCCGGAGGAGGUCCGCAGCCAGCCUGGACCAGGCUCGUGUGCUACCGUGGUGUUGAAGAAGGCGCCGGUCGCUGGCGACGCGCGCGCGCCGGCUUCGGAGGCGGCGUCGUCGUCGUCCGUGCUCUGCGCGGUCUGCCUCGAGGAGGUGCCGACGGAGGCGGAGGCGACGACGCUGCCGUGCUCCCACUCGUACCACGCCGGCUGCGUGCUGCCGUGGCUCGCCGCGCACGGCGCCUGCCCGUGCUGCAGGGCUACUGUGCCGUCGCCGGAGAAUUAUAUAUUAACUUGUGAGAUCGAUAUGGACUAUGGAGUAGAAAGUAGCUUUUAA